AUUAUUUUCCAACGUCAAAUUUUGGUUUGGACGAUGGCAUUCGGAAUCACUGUCAAGCGUUGGGUUUUAGCUUUUCUUCUUCUUUAUGUUUGUGUGUUUGGGAAAAACUUUGUAUAUGCUGAUGAGGACGGGUCGGAGGGAGAGAAUGGUGGUGAGAUCGGUGGUGGAUUCGGCGAUACCGGUGGUGGGAUCGGGAGUGGUGGAGGUGAGAUCGGUAGUGGUGGAGGCGGGAUCGGUGGUGAUGGCGGUGGUAUUGGUGGUGGUGGGGUCGGAGUUGGUGGUGGUGGUGAGUUUGGAGCCGGUGGUGGUGGGGUUGGUGAUCCUACUCAAUUUUUUUCAAAAGCCUUGCAAUGUUUCAAUGAUAGAUAUAUUUAUAGCAGGUGUGAAGAAUCAUGCAGAUUGAACGAGAAAGGAAUCCUGAACGUGCCUAAAGAGAAAACUGAUAUGUUCUGCCAAGGACCAUGUCUGUCAGAGACCAACUUGGUCCUCAAUUGUCUGAAUAACGUUUUCAGCAACUUCAUAUUCUACAACAAAGCAACCAUCCACGACAUCAGAAACACAAUCGAAGCUGCAUGUAGCUAUGGCUCUCAGAGAGGAAACUUCAAUGUGGCAGAGCACAUUCAGAAUGAAGAAAACAAAGCUUCUCCAAAGGCUACUGCUAGCCAUGCUGUAAUGGGACUUGCUGUUAUCGCAAUGGGACGAGCUCUAUUACCUCCAAAUUUCACAUAAUAUGAUGCUCAUAACAGUUAUCUAUGCUUCUCAGUUUUAUGUGUAAUUAAUCACUCAUGUGAUAUGUAGUAUAAUAACCUAUACAUGGGAAAAUAGUAGGUAUUUAUAUACGUAUAUGGAGUUGUAUCUAAUAUGUGUGUGGAACAGAUUAAUGAUAUAUAAUCGUAUGAA